AUGCAGCCUACCCCGUUACCGAAUGCCAAGCCGCCCGGCGAAGCGUUCGCCGAACUCUACCGGACCGUCUGCCGCCUGCGCGCGCCCGACGGCUGCCCGUGGGAUCGCGAGCAAACGCCGCAAUCGAUGCGGACGAUGCUGCUGGAGGAGGCGUUCGAGGCGAUCACCGCGAUCGAUACCGGCGACGACGCCAACCUCCGGGAGGAACUGGGCGACGUGGUGCUGAUCGCCACCAUGAUCGCUCGCAUGAAGGAGCAGGAAGCCGCGUUCUCCGCCGCCGAUGUGCUGACCGAGGUGGUCGACAAGCUGCGCCGCCGCGGCAUCCGCACCCCGCUGCGCCGUGCGGCCGAUUUGCAGACCGCCGCCGCGGCCGUCGGUUUCGACUGGGACAACGCCCGCCCGGUGUUCGCAAAGGUGGCCGAGGAACUGGCCGAAGUCGAUCAGGCAACGGGACUGGCUCUGCAGCGCUCCGAAGAGGAACUGGGCGAUCUGCUGUUCGCGGUUGUCAACCUGGCCCGUCACCUGCGGGUGGACCCGCUGCUGGCGCUCAACGGCGCCAACGAACGAUUUCGACGCCGGUUUCAGGAAGUGGAGCGCCGCGUGCGCGAGGCCGGCGCAACCCUGGGCGAAGUGCCGUUGGCGGAGCUUGACCGCCAUUGGGAGGCCGUCAAGCGCGACGAGAAGCGCACGCCGCCGGCCGACCCCGGCUGCAGCAGGGCCAGCAGCAUGCCGACCGCCAGCAGCCCCGUCCACACGCGGACCCGCCGUAGGAAACGAAGAUCAACGGGAUUCCCGUGA